AAAUAUUGUGAUGAAUUCAUGAUGUUUAGUAAAAAGGUAUUGUUGACAACUACUUUGUUUAAACGAUCGAUUCUUAUCUGAUUUUUAAUUGGUUAUCAAUUCUGUGAUCCCUCUGCUGGUAAGUGCUGAUAACAUGUGUCAAAAUUGUGUUUGUUCAUUAGUGCAUCGAUUACGAAGAAAUAUAUACGUAUUUGUUUGAAACAAUGUUUGUUUAAUAAUUCAAAGUGGACUUUAUUAUUUCUAUUUAUUUACAAGCUGACUUAAAAUUUAUUAUCAUGAGAGAAGAAAUCUAUUUAAUUGGUCAAAUGAAUCAAGAUUUUGUCGGAAGAAAGCUUUCAUUACUCAAAGAGGUUAUGUCGAUCUUCUUUUACCACCAUAAAACCUGUAAUUUAACAAUUAAACAAAGUUCAGCAAGUACGACAAAACAACUGAUAGAACUUUGGCGAAAAACAGGUAGUCCACUACGUCAAGAAUCUUCUAUAAUUUUGUCAAUAAUUCGAUCUCAUAACAGAUGGAUACUUUUAUCAAAGAGUAAACGUCAGAAAAAAUCUCCAACACAAAAGAAGAAAGAGUCAAUUUUUUGUAAUGAUUUACAAAAAUUGUUUGAUAUUUCCCAUGCUAAUGUUCUCAAUGAAAUUGAUGCUACAAAAAAACAUUUUUUGGAAAGCCAAAGAAAACCAUCUCGACGUGGUUUUAUAAACGAUUUUGGGCCUAUUACUGAAGAUAUGGAAAUUUGUUGUUUAGAUCAGAGUGAAACGAAUGCAAAUAGAGAUGAAAAUGAGGCACUUAUGAAUACUGAGACCCUUCUUCUCAGCCAAAAAUCAAAAUCUACCGUUUCUACCGUUAGUCAAAUUUCUAACAAUAUCUCUGAUUUUGAAGACGAAUUAAAAAAGAAAUCAAAACGAAAAGCACCUUUAAUGAAUAUCAUGACACCGGAACUUGCAGCUGUCCUUGAUCGUGGAAAAGUUAGCAGCAGAAAUGCCGUAUAUAUUUUAGCUGCUACUCUCAAAAGUACUGGCAUUGAUAUGAAAGGCUGUAAAUUGAGUCAUUCGACAAUUCAUCGAGCUCGCAAAAAAUUUCGAAGUGAUAUGGCUGCUAAAUUGAAAGAUGGACUCAAAAACCAGGAUAAUUUUGUGCUACAUUGGGACGGGAAAAUAUUACCUGAUAUAGUUGGUACGGAAAAAGUUGAUAGACUGCCAAUUAUUAUAUCGUCAUCAGGCAGUGAACAACUGUUAGGUGUACCCAAAAUGAAAUCUGGAACUGCUAAAAAUCAGGCUGAUGCUAUUGUGAAAAUUCUAUUCGAUUGGGGUAUUUCUCGUAAAAUAGUAGGACUGUCUUUCGACACGGCGGCUGUUAAUACAGGAAUUCACGGUGGAACUUGUCAACUGAUUGAAGACGAGUUGGAAAAAAAAUUGGUAUAUCUACCAUGCAGACAUCAUAUUUUUGAAAUAGUAUUAAAAAAAGUGUUUGAAAUCUAUUGGCCCGUUUCAUCCGGCCCAAAUGUACCAAUUUUUUUACGGUUUAAAAAUAAGUGGAGUAAUUUCAACACCUCAAAUUAUACCCCAGGAAUUUUGGAUCCAAUCAUACUCAAUGCUCUUGAAGAUGUGAAAGAAGAAACAGUAACGUUUAUCACGAAUCAGUUACAAGUAGCACAACCAAGAGAUGAUUACUGUGAACUUCUGGAGCUAUCAUUACUAUUCUUGAAUACUACUUCAUCUACACAAAUUUCUUUUAAACGACCUGGUGCUAUGCACCACGCUCGUUGGAUGGCAAAAGCCAUCUAUUCUUUAAAAAUAUUCAUGUUCCGCAAUCAAUUUAACCUUAACUUUAAAGAAAUAACCGGAAUACGACAAAUUUGCAUUUUUGUUCUAAGAUUUUAUAUACCAACAUGGUUUCAGGCUUCAUCUGGCAUAUUAGCACCGAAUAAUGAUUUAACUUUAAUGAAAGACUUAUUACUUUACAGCCAAAACAAUCCUUCUUUCGCUAAAAUUGCCGCUGAAAAAAUGUCCGAUCACUUAUGGUACCUAUCUGAGGAAUUAGUUGUUUUUUCGUUAUUCGAUGCAAAUGUUUCACUGGAUAUGAAAAGAAAAAUGGUAGUAAAUAUUAAAUCUUCGAAAGCUAAUGCAAAAAAUUUUAAGCGAUUUGUGAUAAAAGACAACGUAAAGUCACUAUUGACAAUUGAUUUAUGUGACUUAGUCUCAGAGCAAUCUCUGUUUUUGUUAAAAAAAUUUAAUUUACCAUAUAACUUUCUCGAUGAUGAUGUUUCAUUAUGGCCAACUAAUGAGAGUUACCAGAAAGCUAUCUUGUUUUUGAGUAAAGUCCGAGUUAUAAAUGAUACAGCAGAACGUGGUGUAUCUUUAAUAAGUGAGUAUAAUCUAACUCUUACAAAAGAUGAAGAAGAUUUUCAGUAUUUAUUACAAUCUGUUAAAAAACAUAGAGAGAUGUAUCCGAAUUGUAAUAAAACAGACUUAACGUAACAGUUAAGCAAUCAAUAUCUUUCAAUUUUCACAGUAUUAUAGAAUAUAAUAUAUAAUUUGUUGUUGAAAUAUUUGUUUUUGUUUUUUUUACACCACUUCCUAUGUCUUAGGUAUAAAUAAGUGUUUUUUUCUUAUUACAUAACGAUGAAAGUUAAAAAAACCCGAAAAUACGAUGAAAAUUAAACUUUGACUUUGAAUAACUCGGGAAGGAAUCAAUAUAUGGAAAAA